AUGGGAGUGACAGUGAGCCACCCCCUUGCAGAGCUGGUAAAGGAAGCUCUGGACCAUCGACGGUGCCAGUGGCCUCGGAUUAGGGCCUUCCCAGUGUGCCACCCCCUUGCGAACGAGCCUAAGCGAGCGACUCUUCUUAUCCGUCUUCGCUCGCAGACUUCUUCUCCGUCGUUUACUGUGCUCGCCUUCGUCGUCUACUGUGUUCUGUGCUCACCUUCGCCGACUUCUUAA